GUGUGUAAAGAAAAAAGGCUGCUCUAGAAAAAUAUUGCACCAAAGAGCGAAGAAGAAAAGUCGCCCCCAUUAUUUGGCAUACUCCCUUGUGAAAAUGAAGAUAAGCUCCUGAUGAAUUUGACGGAUGCUGUGUACCGUGCUCGAAUAUCUCUAACCGUGGGUGUAUUCCGAAAGUGCUGAUAUUUUUGUCAAAUGCCAGAGUGUGAAAUUUGUACGAUGAAAUUGAUACCCCACAUUUUGUGAUAAGAAAUCAGAGCUCCCGAGUGUGUUUUUCAUGUGUCACAUAUUCGCCCGUUUCAGAUUCAGCAGAUAUAACGAUGGCUUAUCCCUAGUGUGCAUUAUUGUUGUAGGGGGGAGUGAAAGUGUUUAUGUAAGGAGGGAAAAAUCAAUAGAAGGUUCAUACCUAUGAGGUGAAACGGUGACACGGCUUGCUAAGGAUGCAACAAAGGACAGCUCUUGCAGGUCCGCAGGCCUCGUCGUCAUCAGGAAAGCAAGUUGUCGAGUUAAACGGGUACGUGAUAAUUUUAGUGGAAAGUCGCGAUGGAAAAAUCAAACUAUACGGUAGUCCAGCGGAUAAGGAUAACCUUGAAGUUGCGGAUGAGAUUUUGGACGUUAAUGAACGGAAGCUGGAGGACUCUCCUCGGGCAGAGGUGAUAAAACACAUACAUGAGUGCAUUCAAUCAUGUAUGAUAAAACUCCGCGUGAAAAGGCGGAGUGAUUCAAGACUAGCUGGAGAGUUGGGAAAUGCGGUUCAAGAUGCAUUUGUCAUCGCGGUUGAACAGCAAGCAAGAGAAAGACUGCAACGCCUGUCGGCUCUCAAACGAAUCACUCCGGUUGACAUGUCUCAACUGUCUAUAAAGCUGGCUACACUAUCCGAAGGAGAACUCGAACUACAGGAGGAAACAUAUGAAUCGAACAGCAACAUAUCAAGGGGAGGCACCGAAGUUCUGCUAGUGGACCAGACUUUGCGACAGGAAAAUCGGACCCGUCGCCGUUCCGGCUCCAGCAUUGUCGUGUUGGAUGGUGAUGAUACACUAAAACCUAGCCUGCCUAUUGAUGACUAUCAGGAGGACUUUGAGAUGUACAAUAUGAUUUCAGCUAAUCAAGAUAAUGGACCACAUCGGGAGAUGGCAGUUGAUGUACCUGAAUCAUUCAUAGCUCGUAACAAAACACCACCACGAUAUCCACCACCACGCAGCACAACACAGGUAAAUCAUGUUUCCAAUGCAAUGCCACAAGUACCGAAACAUGUAAACGGAGGAGUCUCCUUGGAGCUGGAACCUCUUGACGGCUAUAGCGAUAAAAAUUCAUCCUCGCUCGACAGUAGCAAUGAAUUCUAUAAGAAAAACUCUAGCAAAGGGCCCUCGUCGCUCGGAUCAGCGUGUGAGUCGAUCGGGUUCGACUCGAUCAAUUAUUUGAAAAAUUCAAGAGGUUCACUCAGUACAAGGAGCUCCUCGUCGGGUGAACUGGGCCCACCCGAGUAUGAUAUCGGGCCCCAUCGCGAGCUUCCAGUAGACGUUCCGGAUAGUUUUGUUGAAGUAAUUAAGGCACCACCCCGCUAUCCACCGCCUAAAGCAUUGAUCAUAAAAGAGGUUGUCAAAAAGAAAGAAUCAUCCUCAUCCGACGAAUCUAUCGAUAAUCCAAAACCGCAACCACAAGCACCAACGCGAAAUGAGUUGAAUGGUUCAGUGAAACCAAUACCACCGCCACGAGAUCAUCUGCGAAUAGAGAAAGAUGGUCGCCUAACGAAUCGCGCCCCGGUGCCGGCGCCACAAGUGCCAGACCGCAAGGUGGUGCCAACGACUCCCCAGCAACACAUUGGCCAAGUUGUGGAACCGACACCCGAUCAACUGAAUAGCAUCAAGAAAUUCGAGGAACAAUUACGCAGAAGACGUGAAGAGGAGGAACGAAUAGCUGCUCAGAAUGACUUUCUGCGGAACAGUCUCAGGAGUUCACAGCGAUUACGGGCUUUGCAGGACAACCCGGUUGUUGAGAAACCCGCUAGUGGCGUUGAAAACGAAGCCUACAUAGAAGAUGAAGAACCGGAGAAAAUUAUCGGAUAUGGAGAGCUAGUAUCAGCUUUGCAGCGAUUACAGGGUCACCUCAAUAAGCAUGGCUUGGCCGCACUCGCUGGUAGAGUUACAGCGGCCCAAAGUCUGCUUUUGGGUCCCGGCAUCGCACGUGCUCUCGCUGCUCGCACAGCUGUUCUGGAAAGGCGGAGACCACGUAUACAGAAUCCCAUUUGCUCAAAUGCACAGGCACUGGCUAAGGACUGUGUUGAAUCCCUGGCCCAGUCAAGUACACCAGCUGCAAUAGAACUAUGUGAUCUGCUCUCAACGUACGAAAUGGAGGGACUGCUUCUGGCACAAGAUCGCAUUGCGUCCACAACCGAUCGUUCGCCAGCAUACGGUGUCAGUGCAGUCAGUCAGAAUCCCACGGUGCCAUUGCCAUUGAACAAUAACACGAUGACCAGCGCUACACCGGUCAAACCGACAUCAGUUUUGCCAUCUAUUCCAAAUAAUACUAGCCUAGUUAAUAACAAUAACAAUAAUAUAGCAAAGCGUGAACCUAUGAGUGUUCCUCUCGGUGUUUUGCGGGAUGGUAGUCAGGAUCAUAUAAGAAUAAUACAGAUCGAGAAAUCGUCGGAACCACUUGGAGCUACUAUACGGAACGAGGGGGAAGCAGUAGUGAUCGGUCGGGUCGUACGGGGUGGUGCCGCGGAAAAAUCUGGCCUUUUACACGAGGGUGACGAGCUGCUUGAAGUGAACGGUAUUGAAAUGCGCGGAAAGUCAAUAAACGACGUAUGCGCUCUACUCAGUGCAAUGACUGGAACUUUGACGUUUCUUGUUGUGCCAGCCAGUAGACCUCCAUUAGAUCCGGUUAUACGGGGAGGGACGCGUUCCGGGUCGUGUGCUGUAUUGCACGUCAGAGCACACUUCGACUAUGAUCCGGAGGAUGACCGGUAUAUUCCCUGUCGUGAGCUUGGCAUUAGCUUUCAGAAAGGAGAUGUACUCCACGUGAUAUCUCGUGAUGAUCCCAACUGGUGGCAAGCGUAUCGUGAGGGUGAGGAGGAUCAAACUCUUGCUGGUCUAAUACCUAGCCAAUCGUUCCAGCAUCUGUGCGAAUCCAUGAAGUUAGCCAACGCAGGUGAGGUUGGUCUAAGGGCACGCAGGGAUGCUAACGGCAAAGCGGGUGGUUUUACGCUACUCUGUGCCCGGAAGGGACAGAAAAAGAAAAAGAAGGCAAGCAGUGAACACGGCUACCCACUGUAUGCUACAGCCACGGCAGAAGAUCCUGAACCUGAAGAGAUCCUCACGUACGAGGAAGUAGCCCUGUAUUAUCCGCGUGCGUCACACAAACGACCUAUUGUGUUAAUUGGUCCGCCCAACAUUGGACGACACGAGCUUCGACAACGACUGAUGGCUGAUUCGGAAAGAUUUGCUGCUGCCAUUCCUCAUACAUCUCGUCCCCAACGUGAGGGUGAAAUUCCUGGACAAGACUACCACUUUAUCUCGAGACAACAGUUCGAAGCGGAUAUACUGGCUAGAAAGUUUGUCGAACAUGGAGAGUAUGAGAAGGCCUAUUAUGGUACAUCCUUGGAGGCCAUUCGAGCAGUGGUGGCCAGCGGUAAAAUUUGCGUACUCAAUCUCCAUCCUCAGAGUCUGAAGCUCCUGCGGUCUUCAGAUCUGAAACCUUAUACUGUCCUGGUGGCACCACCAAGUUUGGAGAAGCUUCGCCAAAAGCGAAUACGGGCUGGUGAACCGUAUAAGGAAGAGGAACUGAAGGAAAUUAUUGCGACGGCGCGCGACAUGGAAGCACGAUGGGGCCACUUGUUUGACAUGAUCAUCAUCAACAAUGACACGGAACGGGCCUACCAUCAGCUGCUCGCCGAGAUAAACUCACUCGAACGAGAACCACAAUGGGUGCCAAGUAGCUGGCUGCAUAACUAAUUUAGGUCAGUGAUCCAUUUGCUACUAACAUUUAUUUUUUGUUGUUUGUAAAGAAAAAAAAAACACUAUCGUUUAAGUCUGAUACUGAUUAAGGAGCGUACAGAUAAAUUAUCGUAAUUUAUGUAAGUAGAUACCUAGGGAAAACACAUUCCAUAGAAGAACAAACAUGUCCAUGCAUGCAUAUAUUACACUUGGAAUGAUGAAAAUUGAUGAUUGCUGAAAAUCAAAACACGUUUAUAGGAGUAUGCAAAUAAAAUCCAAUUAAUAGAUAAGCAACGUUGUUAUUUUCGUUUUUAAAACAGAGUAUAAAAGAUUUAUUUUAUAUCUAGAUUAUUUCUUGUAAAAAUACAUAGAAGGAUUGUUUUAUAUGUAAAUUUUAUUUAUCUGUCCAUAUUCUUGUACAAUUAUGGAGAAAAAACUGAACACAAUAAAAGCAAUUUCUAAAUGUUAAAAAAAAAACUUAAAAAUAGUCAAACUCAAAAACCCCUUACAUGAUUCAAUAAACGUAAACGCAUUACAAUAUUCAAUCUUAACAGAGAAAAAACAAAAUCGAUACAUUCAUAGAUCCAGUUCGAAAAAAUGUAUAAGAACAACAAAAAAUUAUUCGUGUUCACAAUUUACUCUAAAAAAAAAGGAACAUCAUACUAGCGAGAUAACUAGCAGUAACAAAUUGAAUGAAAAGGAAAAUACAUAAGAAAAAAGUAAAUCCAGCUUAAAUUCAUCCACAAAGAGUUAAAAACGAUAUUUUUGAUACGUAUUCAAGUGAAGUCGAAAAUCGUUUGCAGUUAGCUGCCGAUUAGUUUGCGACAUUAAAGUACAUUCUCUCCGGUCCGAUUAAACCGCCUUCGAAAACAAAAAAAAACAAGAAAUGGAAUCAAGAAAAUAUUAUUACGCUCAAUAUUAUGCAUGUAUAGUCGUAAUAACGAAUAAUAAACCACCAGAGAAAAAAAAAA